AUGGGCUCGUUGUCCGCCUUCCAAAUUCCGGCCUCGGUGCAGCAACUGAUCGCCGGGGAUUACGACGACAGCUCCGCCAAGCCGGAAAACCUGCAAAAACCAAGCUCCCAGCAGCGCCUGGAAAAGUUGGCCGUGCCCAAGUCCUACGAAUUGACGCUGAAGGUAAAUCUGCCCGGCUACGGCGUCGAUUUUGACGAGAAGGAGGUGCUGAAAACGACGGGAUGUGUCGAGAUUUCGAUCUCCAUCCCAAAAGCCACCUCCUACAUCGAGCUCCACGCCAAGACGCUCACUUUCCAUCGUGCCGCACUGAAGAAUGGGGAUGGAGAGCGCGUCCUACACGCGGAAUCCGAUACCGAAGGCAAGGUGGCGUUGAGUGACGGGAAGGAGAUUCCGGCUGGGGACUAUACGCUUACGAUCAUCUACACGGGCGCGGUGUCGAGCGGGCUCGGCGGCCUCUACCAGGCCCAUUUCAAGGGGCGAAAUGGGGAGGAUCGGGUUCUGGCAACGACCCAGAUGUGCCCGAUGGACGCGCGGACGAUGGUGCCCUGUUUCGACGAACCGGCUUUUAAGUGUGAAUGGAAGCUGUCGAUUUUGCACCCCCACAAGUCGAGGGCCAUCUCCAAUGGCAGCGAGGAUGCCGUCGUCGACGCGGUGCCCGGGUUGUCCGGCUGGAAGUUGACUUCAUUCGAGCGUACGCCCCGGAUGUCUUCGUACUUGCUGGCGCUCGUCAUCUGCGAUUUCACGCCGAUUCAGGGACAUACAAAUAGAGGAACGCAGUUCCGCAUCUUCACGCAAGAAGGAAUGGGCAAUCAGGCGAAAUUCGCCCUGGAAGCGGGUAUCCGGUGUCUGGAGUGCUACGAACAUCUCUUCGGCAUCCCGUUCCCCCUCAAGAAACAGGACAUGAUCGCGAUCCCCGACUUUUCGUUCGGCGCUAUGGAGAACUGGGGCCUUGUCACCUACCGAGAAACGAUGCUGCUCUUCGACGACAACGUCGGCACCUCAUUCGAAAAAGACCGCGUGGCCAGCAUUGUCGCCCAUGAGCUGGCGCAUCAGUGGUUCGGCAACCUGGUGACGAUGGAAUAUUGGGAUGACGUGUGGCUGAACGAGGGCUUCGCCACCUUCGUCCAAUAUUUUGGCCUCCACGCCGUUGACGCUGGGUUCCGGAAUUGGGAAACAUUCCUCGGCAACACGCAGAAUAUCGCCUUCGACGUCGACUCGCUCGCCUCGGCCCAUCCGCUGUCGUUUAAGGCCGACUCGCUGCAGAAGAUCGAGGAGAGCUUCGACGCGUUGACGUACAAAAAGGGCGCCUCGGUGAUCAAAAUGUUGUGGCACACGCUGUCCCACGAGAAAUUCCUCGAGGGCCUGCAGAACUACCUCCGCAAGUACUCGUACUCGAACGCCACCUCCGAUCAGCUGUGGGCCGAAUUUGCAAGUGUUGGCCGCGGGGAUUACGGUGGAAUCUCGUUCGUGGAAUUGGCUCGCCAGUGGACUUCGCAGAUCGGCUACCCGUUGAUUACUGUAGACCGUGUGGGUGAGGGCCAUUUCGAGCUGUCCCAACACCGUUUCUACCUCUCGAAGACGCUCAACCCGAAAUACCCGCAGGACAGCUUUGAGACGCAAUGGCACAUUCCGCUGUUCUACAGUGCUGACGGCAAGGAGCAUUUUGCCGUACUCGCGCCAAACCAAAAGCUACGCGUCGAUACUACGGACGGGCGAUUCCCGAUUGUGAACAUCGAGGGGCGGAGCUUCUGCCGGGUGACAUACGGUGUCGACGGAUGGGCACAGAUCAAGCAGAGGAUCCAGAAAGGGGAGCUCGACACGCUGACCCGUUCGCGCAUCAUCAACGACGUGUUCGCCUGCGCUCGCCAGGGUGCCGUACCGUAUGCCGUGGCGCUUGGAUUCGAUGACCUGCUGUCCGGGGAGAAGGAGUCGGUGCCGAUGCGACAGCUCCUCAAUGGCCUGCUGUCCGUCUACCAGCGCUUCCCGGGAGAACAACAAGUUCAGGGUCAUAUUCAGAAAGUGCUGAACCGCGUGCUGGGCCCACUACAAAAGGAGAUUAGCCUUGACGACGUGGCCAAGCUGGAUCGAGAAAUCGCCACCGCUUUCCAGUCACAGUACGCGACGCGACUCGUCGAAGCCGAGUGCGAGCUGAACCGGGCCGAGUGUACGGGACGCUACGUUGACGCGUAUCGCCAUGGCGUACUCGAGACGACGGCCGACGGGAAGAUGGCCAGCCAGGCGAGCAGGGUCGGGCCAAUUUUGCGGAAUCUCGUCUACAACACGGCCAUCUACGGUGGAAAUGAUGAGGACUACGAGAAGACGUGGAAUUUGUAUAUGAGAGAAGCGAACCAAUCGGAGCGCGUGAAGCUGUUGACGGCGUUGUGCUACAGCAAGGAUUUGGAGAAGGCCAGGACGCUGCUCCGCAAAUCCGUCGACGUCGGCUCGCGCGACAUUCGUCAGCAGGACAUUAAGAUCGUCUUCGGCGCGUUCACCGAAAACCCGGCCGUUGCCCCGAAACUCCUGGACCUCUUCUUCGAGGAGUACGACUUCAUCUACAAAAACUUGUCGACGUCGUCGCGCGAGCUGAACGACGUGGUGAUGGGCAGUUUGGAGUGGCUGACCAGGGAGCAGGUCGAAAAGGUGAAAUCCUUCCUGACUGCCCAUCCGGAAGUGCGUGAAAUUGGCUCCUUCGAGAAACAGCUCAUCGCCACGGCUACCAAGCUGGAGUGGAAGGACAAAUUCGGCGGCCAGGUGGCCGACUACUACGCCAAAAAAGCCGCUGAAAUUCAG